AUGCGGUCCGAACUGAUGCUCUGUUCCUUAAUCGGAUUAUUUAUAAUAUUGAACAUAAACGAUGCAGUUGUCUUUAAGUUCACGAACAUCGUCUGUGAGAGCUACAACAAAUCCUUUUUUGUGUUCAACACCUGUCGUCUAAAGGCAAUCAAUCGAAACAAAGUUAUUCUCAAUUUGAAUGCUACUAUAUUGCACACGGUCAAUAUCUUUACGGUACGUUUCAAGCUUUUCAAAAAGGCAAAUGGCUUUAAACCGUGGAUGGUUGACAGAAGUAUUGAUGUCUGUCGGUUUACGCAUACUAGCUACGACCCUUACUUCAAAAUAAUCUAUGAACUCUAUCGUGAAUUUACCAACAUGAAUCAUACAUGUCCGUACGUGGGACAUCAAAUUUUAAAAGGGUUUUAUCUGAGACCUGAGCUUCUGCGACUACCCUUUCCAUCAGGCGAUUAUAUGCUGUCCUUGCGGUGGAUCUUUGGCAAAAGCGAGAGCCCAACAGGAGAUACAAAUGUGAGUUUUUCAUUCGUAGAAGAUCUCCGGAAGGAAUGA